GUCUAACCUCUUAAAGUCAGGGCACUCGCUGUUCAAUUUCAAUGCAUUUACCCCACCCUCUGCCCCUCUUGUUGCCUAUAUAAGGUCAUGCUCUGAAUACCCGGGUUAGCACUUUGGCUGUUUGAUGCAAAGUCGUACUUCCAUCCUAUCCGUCGAAAGCGUUACCUUUUUCUCCUGACCGUAACAUUUCACUGAGACCUCGAUCAAAUCUCGUCCCAAUGGCCCCAAAGGUUCUGAGACGCCAGUCCCCGGCUGGCGCAGGCUUAAGAAAAGCCGCUAUCGCCAUCGAAUCCCCUGAAGCAUUGGUAGCUCCUAUCACAAGCCCACCAUCAGAUCUUGCUGCGUUGCAGGAGGAAGGCCAAGCUGUCACAUUUGCUUCGUUCACCGCCGAAGAUGCCUUUGAGCUUGGGCAUCAACUGUUUGCUCGCCUCGCCCCUCUAGCCCCGGAGAAAUCGGCAUUAAUCUCCAUCUGCCUCGCGAAUAGCGGGCAGGUUGUCUUUCAGUGUAUGACGGGCUCCGGCAUCACCCCAGAUAACGAGCAUUGGGUCCGAAGGAAGAGAAACACUGUGCUUAGGUUUGGCGUAAGCAGUUGGUUUAUGCAUUGCAAAUUUCAGGGAGACGAAGCUGCCUUUGCCGCAAAGUUUGCGAUAAGUGACGAAAAAAAAGGAGAAUACGCUAUCCACGGAGGAGCGGUGCCUAUUUAUGUCCAAGGGGUUGAAGGCGUGGUUGCUGUAGUAAUUGUUAGCGGGUUGGCCCAGAGUGAGGACCAUGGAGUCAUUUUCGAUGUCAUCAAGGAGAACUGGCAGUAAAUAGUAGUCAUUAUGCGGUACAGCGUACCUUUAUAAGCUUUAUUGAGAUAUGGAUAUUAUCAAAGAUGACAACUGCGGGAAAUGAAGCAACCUUGAAGAGAUUACGCUAUUAUAGAGUGCGGAAUUGGUUACCGUAGUCAGCUGCGAUAUCUGGAACCCAAUGAACAUUCUGCUCUCUGGCGAG